UCUUAAAUCUAAGCUUUUAUUGACCCCGAAAUUACAAUUUUCUUAACAGCUUAAAUGUUUUCUGAACAUGAUUUCUUAAUUUUCAAUAAAGGUAGAUUGUUUUUCUGGGUAAAGAUGAGGAAUAAAAGGGAUAAAAUACUCAUUAUUUUAAUUUGCUGUUAUUUUUAUUUGUAUUUUGUGCGUCUUUAAUAAGUGUUUUUUUUACUUUUGCUUCAUGUACAGUUUUAAUCAACAUUUUUAAUUCCUUAUUUUAUGUUUUUCUUGAUUUUUUGUGUUUACGUUGUCUGAUAACAAGUUUCCUAAAAUAUUUAUGUGGUGUAAUUUAUUUAUUUUAUACCUUUAUUAUAUUCCCUUUUAGAUUUCUCUUUGUUUACAUUUGUGUCAUUUAAAUUUUACAUUCAUUUUAAUUUUAUUUGUGUUGCGUUCAGGUUCUGUGGGGUUUUCGGAUUAUGUUUAUAACAGUCGAUGUUUACGCUGGAUCAAAUGUGUGGCUCCGCCCCCUCAGGUGCGGCUCUCGGGCAGGUAAGCAGCUGCUCCGCUCGGUGACGUCAGAGGGUUGGGCAGGUCACGUGGUGGAAGGAAACCUGCGGUCUAAUGUUUCUGAAAUGGGAAACGGAGGAAAAGAAGGAGGAAGCGGAGUGAUCGAGGUUCCUGGACUCUCUCUGCCUCCAUACCAGGUUUGCUUUCUGACCCGCGGGCCAAUGUAAGUCCAGUUGAGUGACUGCGUGUGAAGGAGGGACCCUCACCAUCCUCAUGUCCUAUGGAGGAGACUUUUACGGACGCUCUGAGCGCGUCCGCCCGGCGCCGCAGUACGACCAGGUUCCUCUGGGCUCUUUACCCCGGACGGACUCCGACGACUCCCAGCUGAGGGCGCCUCGCCUGGGUCAGAGCGCCGACCCCCUCCCUCCCCCGCCGCUGCCGGAGCAGCCGCCCGUCGGCCCCGAGUCGGCCCCCAGCGAGGACGACGGCGAGGCGGAUCCCGCCAUCGACAUCAAACCGGUCCACCGCUUCGUCCCCGACUCCUGGAAGAACUUCUUCCGGCUGAGCAACCGCAGCAGCAAGAAGGCGUGGUCCAUGCCCGCCUCCUCCACGGACAACAACAACACCACCACCCACGGGGUGCGCUGCUCCCCGCCCCACUCCCCGUCUCUUCCCGGAUCCUACCGCGACCCGUAUGGCGGCACCGGCGGCAGCUACAACUCCCGCAAGGAGCUUCUGGACGGCCAGAACGGCCAGGAGUCGUCCUCCGGACGCACGCAGCACACGGGUCUGACCUACAGCGAGCGGGUGGAGGAGUACCACCAGCGCUACGGCUACAUGAAGUCGUGGGCGGGGCUGCUGAGGAUUCUGGGCUGCGUGGAGCUGCUGCUGGGCGCCGCCGUCUUCGCCUGCGUCUGCGCAUACAUCCACAAAGACAACGAGUGGUACAACAUGUACCCCGGGUCGUACAGCCCCGGGUUCUACGGCGCUGGGACGGCCGGGACCUACUACACCGGACCCAAGACCCCCUUCGUGUUGGUGGUGGCGGGGCUGGCGUGGGUGGCGACGGUCAUCGUUCUGGUGCUGGGGAUGACCAUGUACUACCGCACCAUCCUGCUGGACUCGUCCUGGUGGCCCCUGACCGAGUUCACCAUCAACCUGGCUCUGGCUGUCCUCUACAUGUCUGCUGGCAUCGUCUACGUGCGGGACACCAUCCGCGGCGGCCUCUGCUCCUACCCCGUCUUCAACAACCCCAUCAACUCGGUGUUCUGCCGGAUCGAGGCGGGCCAGACCGCCGCCAUCAUCUUCCUGUUCGUCACCAUGGUGGUGUAUCUGAUCGGCGCCAUCGUGUGUCUGAAGCUGUGGCGGCACGAAGCCGCUCGCAGGUACCGGGAGCGCUACGGCCUGCAGCCGUCUGAGAUGCGCGCCGUGCCGGCGACGAGAGUUCUAGUUUCGGAUCCACUUCCCAGAAUUCCAGAGGUGGUCCAAGACGCCGCCGCGGUUCCCAUCAAGGUGGCUCCAAAAGCCGUCCCGGGAAAGGUGGUUCAGGGAAGCAUCCCGUCAGGAUACAUCCCCAAACCCGUCAUCGUUCCAGACUACAUAGCUAAAUAUCCAGCGAUCCGGUCCGUUGAGGAGAAGGACCGGUACCGGGCCGUGUUCAACGAUCAGUACUCCGAGUACAAGGAGCUCCACACGGAUGUUCAGGCCACGCUGAAGAGGUUUGAGGAGAUGGACGCCAUGAUCCAAACGCUUCCUCAGCACCCGACCAGCCAGAUGGAGGUGGAGCGGAUCAAGAGGAUCCUGCAGGAAUACCAGAGGAAGAAGACGGACCCGACCUUCCUGGAGAAGAAGGAGCGCUGUGAGUACCUGAAGAACAAACUGUCCCACAUAAAGCAGAAGAUCCAGGAGUACGAUAAAGUCAUGGAGUGGAACGACGGAUACUCCUAGAACUUCACUUUGAAGGAGGGAAAUCCAAACCAAAAAGGAGAAGCUCUGCUGGAACGUUCUCUGUCAGUUUGGUUUUGUUACGAGAAUCCAGCGUUCCUCGUCGGCCCAAAGAACUUUCAUCUGCAAACGCAGAACUUCAUCCAAACACUAACAGAAACUCUCUGUUUCAAAGAACUUUUUGUGACCCGAAGGUCUGGAUCCUUUCAUUUCAUACUGAUUAAGAAAAUGCACUUGAAAACUUGACAUGAAAACUGAAAACUGAUGAUGGAUCAUCAGGAAAACUGCAUGUUUUCAUUCCUGCUGCAUCGUUUCUCUUUUCUUUACAUCUGAAUGCUAAACACUAAAGUUUUACUUCCUAAAAAAGCCCUCAAAGAAGCGUGAAAAGUUGCUGCCUCCGUCUGAACAAAAACGUCAUUUUAAUACGGAGGGCCGAACCUGCAUUCUGCUUCCUGACCAGUAGAGGGCGACUCCUCAGACACUGUAAAUAAUGUUGGUUAAACUUCUCAGCUGUUAAUGAAUUCAAACUUUGAGGUUUAUUUUAUUUAAAUAGAACCAGGAGGUGUCCACGUUUACAGAGAACACAGAUGUCUAACUGAUGGCUCAAAUGAGUGUCCUUUUGAACUGUUAUGGAGUUUAAUUCAGUGUUUGGGGUUCGAACCAAAUGAUAAAAAUUCAUCUUAGGUUUUUAUUUUGCUUUAAAACCCACAAAAUGGUCUAAAUAUGCAAACAGUAGUUAGAUACUGUGGCAGAAAAGUUCCUGCUAAUUUCAUAGAAACCAUGAGGACACUGGAUUACCUCAAAUCUCAUCUGAUCUGAUGGGAUUAUUCAUCAAGAUUAUUCCUCUGUUGAAUCCACUGCUUGAAUUGUUUAUCGUCUUUUUUAAAGAAUCUGAGAAUAUAUGCUCGUCGGACACUUCCUGUCAAUGUUUUUGUAAUAACGUGUUCCAACAUUUCACAAAAUAAAAAUGUUUAAAGUUUA